CCCCAUUGACGUGACGUGUUGAUCGAGGAUAGAUAAUCUCUUAAGCAUCUCGUAUAUGCAGGUAUAAUAGUCUGAAAGCCUUAGAUCAAGAUGGAAGCCCCUACCAUGCGCCACCGUUUCGAAGAAUACAUCUUCGGUCUCCAAGAGGAGAUCAUCACUUCCUUUGAAACCCUCGAUCCCAAUGCUCCAAAAUUCAAACGUGACUCUUGGCAACGAGCACAUCAGGGAGGCAAGGGUGUAUCGGGCGUCUUCUUUGUUCCCCCUUCCACAGAUGGAUCACCCGGCCAACAAACAAUCCUGGAGAAGGCUGGUGUCAAUAUAUCUGUCGUACACGGCAUGCUCCCCCCUGCUGCAAUCAAAGAGAUGCGUGCAGAUCACUCCUCUAUCCCCUACGACGGGAAAACUAGUCUUCCGUUUUUUGCGGCUGGAAUAAGCCUCGUCGUGCAUCCUCGCAAUCCCCAUGCUCCCACUGUGCAUGCCAAUUAUCGCUAUUUCGAGAUCUCGGAGAAAGCCGCUGAGGGUGAGGGUACUAGCAAGGUUGUUGCAUGGUGGUUUGGAGGAGGCUCUGAUCUCACGCCUUCGUACCUCUACGAUGAAGAUGCACGUCACUUCCAUACGACGUUGCAGAAGGCCUGCAACCAACAUGGCAGCGAACUAUACCCUGUGUUCAAGAAGUGGUGUGACGAAUAUUUCUAUAUCGUCCACCGUCAAGAAACCAGAGGGGUCGGAGGACUCUUCUUUGACGAUCUCAGCACUGAGAAGCAUGCUCGGCUCUCAGAGGAUAUCAAACGACCUCGAUCGUCAGAGGAGAUAUUCGACUUCAUAAAAGCAGUGGGAAAUUCAUUUGUCCCCUCCUACUUGCCCAUUCUUGAGCGUAGGAUGUCGAUGCCCAGCACCGACCAACAAAGACGCUGGCAGCUGAUACGCAGGGGGCGUUAUGUCGAAUUCAACCUCGUGUACGACAGAGGUACCAAGUUUGGGUUGAAAACGCCUUCUGCGCGUAUUGAAAGCAUCUUGAUGAGCCUUCCGGAGACUGCAAGGUGGGAGUAUAUGACGGACAUGGGAUCAGAUUUAGAGAGUGAGGAAGGGCGGUUGAUUGCAGUUUUGAAACAGCCCGUCGAUUGGGCUGGUUUGGAGAACUUGUAGCGAUGAUUUUUCAGC